AUCUGUGCUCAGGUCCUUUUCCCUACUUCUUUCUUCCAAUGAAGACUAAGAGACGACCGAAGCAUCUCCAUGAUCUUUGCCAGAGAGUUGGAAAUAUUGUGCCUUUGCUAUGGGAUGAUUUCAUCCUGGUGGGCCACUUCAACAGGAUGUACAAAGCGUGACUUGGGGUAAUGAGCUUUCCUACAGGACUGACUUGAUGCACAGAGUUUGCACAUGAAUCGCAAAGGGAUGGCUGGAAACUGAAGGCACUUGCCCCUGCACUUGGAAGACUAAUUUUGCAGAAGCAAUCUUGAAAAGUCAAGUCUGGCGGCUUUUGCUGAAAAAUUAACACCUGCUGGUCCACGUGUCUCUCUCUACCCUUCAUGGCAACAGAAAAUUAUACCGGAGGCGAUGUAGCCUGCCUGCUGUGAUUGUAUCUUUAUGCUGUGCUAUGCAAUUCAAACUCUAAAUAAAGUGGAAAGAAAAAUGCUCUUCCCUGGAUUGGAACACAGCAUCGGACAUAACAAAGGACUGUGAAUCUUAAACAGUGUGGAACAAUAGGAGGAGUUGAUCCCUGAGGCUACCUUUAAAGAGAGAGCACUGACGUUUUAAUUUCAUAGCAGAAAGGUACGAAAGCUGGAAGGGUAUUUAAAAAAAAAAAAUGUCCUGCCAAUUAGAGGGAUGGAAAAUUAAAUUAGAAACAAAAGUACCUCAUGUGUUACGCUUCGAUAGAUCUGAAGGGCUAGUUAAAUGGACAUUGGACAAGCUGAAUCAAUAGCCUAUUUUAGUGGGAAUACGUGAAUGCGGCAAAGUGAUUGUGCCCCUGGUCGGCUGGGUUUAUUCAUACAGGAUUCUCUGAGGACUUUCCCGUUGGCCUGUCCCUGUUAGAAUACUCUGUUUUAGCCUGAAAUUCAGAAGGGCUUGCUGAGAAAACAUGACUGCAACAGUCAGUUCUAGCUACUUGCCACAGAGUGGUUGAUGUUUCUUAAUGAGAUUCCUAAGGAUGAUGGGAUCCCUCCCAAGGGUGAAGAGACUAUAGCACAAGCCUUAGGGGUCUGCCUGGUGGUGAGUAAUGAAUGGACACCUGAUGACUAUUUUGUGAGCUCUGCAAGGACAAGAGCUGAUGUCAUCACAAAAACCCAUGGUAUGAUAUUGCCUCAGGAGAAAAUAUGACUUGGAACAACACCACUAUGGAUGGGGCAGGCUUGCUUGGGAAAAGGGAUUCCUGCUUCCGAAUCCUCACCGGCUGCUUCCUCUCUUUGCUCAUUCUCUCCACGCUCCUAGGGAACACCCUGGUUUGUGCAGCCGUAAUUAGGUUUCGCCAUCUGAGGUCUAAGGUGACCAACUUCUUUGUGAUCUCUUUGGCAGUCUCAGAUCUUUUAGUAGCAGUCCUGGUCAUGCCCUGGAAAGCUGUUGCAGAGAUAGCUGGCUUCUGGCCUUUUGGAUCCUUCUGUAACAUCUGGGUAGCAUUUGACAUCAUGUGUUCUACAGCCUCUAUCUUAAAUCUCUGUGUCAUUAGUGUGGACAGAUACUGGGCCAUCUCCAGUCCAUUUAGGUAUGAGAGAAAAAUGACCCCCAAGGCAGCGUUCAUCAUGAUCAGUGUGGCGUGGACCUUGUCUGUGUUGAUCUCCUUCAUUCCGGUGCAACUGAACUGGCACAAGGCUAAGACCACAAGCUUUUUAAACUUCAAUGCUAGCUUUCAAGGUGUAGCCAUGGACAACUGUGACUCCAGUUUAAACAGGAUGUAUGCUAUCUCUUCCUCUCUCAUUAGCUUUUACAUCCCAGUGGCUAUCAUGAUAGUCACCUACACAAGGAUAUACAGGAUUGCUCAGAAACAGAUAAGACGCAUUUCAGCCUUGGAAAGAGCAGCAGUGCAUGCUAAGAACUGCCAAACUACCACUGGCAAUGGAAACAGCAUGGAUAGUCAGCAGCCGGAAAGUUCCUUCAAAAUGUCCUUCAAGAGAGAAACGAAAGUCUUAAAGACGUUGUCAGUGAUAAUGGGGGUAUUUGUAUGCUGCUGGCUACCCUUUUUCAUACUAAACUGCAUGGUCCCUUUCUGUGAGCCUGGUAUACCAUCCAGGGGAGCAGAACGUUUUUGUAUUAGUUCAACCACUUUCGAUGUUUUUGUUUGGUUUGGAUGGGCCAAUUCUUCGCUGAACCCCAUCAUUUAUGCCUUUAAUGCAGAUUUCCGCAAGGCAUUUUCAACCCUCUUGGGAUGCUACAGACUCUGUCCUGCUUCCAGUAAUGCUAUAGAGACGGUUAGUAUCAACAACAAUGGGGGCGUAGCCUUUUCCAGUCAGCUUGAGCCCAGAGGAUCCAGCCCCAAAGAUUGUAAUUUGGUUUAUCUGAUCCCUCAUGCUGUCAUAUGCCCAGAAGAUGAUGACAUUAUGAAAAAAGAAGAGGAGGGAGAACUGUCUAAAGCUCUGGGGAAAAUGUCUCCAGCCUUAUCAGGUAUCUUGGAUUUUGAGGCUGAUGUUUCUUUGGAAAAGAUCAAUCCUAUCACGCAAAAUGGUCAACAUAAAACCUGAGUGGUAAAGCUAUCAAGUUGUAAUAGUAAAUGAAAGACAGUCAAGGCGUUUUACUUGAUAAAGUAUGUUAUUGUAAGAGUUUAAAGCCAUCGCAUGAAAGUCCAGAGCUCAAAUUAACUGCUGUUUGAUAGAACCAUAAAAUUUAAAACAAAGAUUUCCAAUUUACAUAACAUUGUAUUCCAAAGUUGUUGUGUGUUGUUCAUCCUGAAUGGAAAUGGAUCUAAGAUGUAGAUACAAUACAGUUGCAAAGGAAACAACUUCAGCUGGGUCAAUAUAUGCUGAGACUGAACUGGUGGAAGCAAAUAAAGUUUACUAUAUGGAUAAAAUUUAUUAAGUUAAAUAUAAGAUUUCCAUUUGA